AUGGAUAAAUUAGAAUUGAUUAGUUUUAGGAUUGUGGUUCCAGUUCAUGCCCCCCAGUCAAAAUUUGCGAUAAAAGAUUCUUGUUUUUGGGAAAUCUCAUAUUGUACGUAUAGGCGCAUAAUUAGACGGUGGAUAUUGGACAGAACUUGCGAUAGUACAUCAUGGAAAUAG